CGGCGGACCAUGUUGGUACACCGUUACACUCCGUCACUUCCUUCCCACGUGAAAAGCUCCAUGCGUGAGGAGCCGUACAUCCACAUUGGAUUUAUUCGCGUUUCGAACAACUAGAUCACAUAUUGUCAUCUUAUGAUUAUCGAUAGCAGGACGAUGGAGUCAGCAGAGGAGGAGGAAAUGCUCGGACAGGACUCUGAGGAAGACAGCGAGUUAUCAGACGACGAGCUUCAAGAAGCCUUUGCAAAGGGGUUGUUGAAACCAGGGAUGAACGUUCUGGUGGAUAAACCCAAAAAGUUUGUCAACAAUUUGGAGGGUUUGAAACAGUGCCUUGCUGGUUUCCGCAAAGAGCUUCCCUGGGUGGAAAGGUUGGAUAUGACCAACCUGCCGGCUGAAGACGUCAUUUCCAAAGCUGAAGGGAAAGUUCCAAGUGCGGCCAACGGAGAUGUCAAUGCAGAUGAUGAUUUCCAAAGAGAGAUGUUCUUCUACCGUCAAGCUCAAGCUACAGUUCUAGAUGCAUUGCCUCUCCUAAACAAGCAUGGCAUAGCCACCAAGAGGCCUGACGAUUACUUUGCAGAGAUGGCCAAGUCCGAUCAGCACAUGCAGAAGAUCAGGAAAAAGCUGAUCUCAAAGCAGCUGAUACUGGAGAAGUCAGAGAAGGCCAAGAAACUGCGUGAGCAAAGAAAGUUCGGCAAAAAGGUCCAAAUAGAAGUUAUCCAGAAGAGGCAGAAAGAGAAGAAGGCUAUGAUGACUUCUGUAAAGAAAUACCAGAAAGGAAUGACCGACAAAUUGGAUUUCUUGGAAGGAGACAAGAAGAAGGGUAAAGACUCUGCUCAGGGCCCCAAAAAUGCAGCAAACAAGAAGGGCCUCAAUGCCAAGAGAAAAUACAAAGACCAGCGGUUUGGCUUUGGAGGCAAGAAGAGUGGUAAGAAGUGGAACACCAAGGAGAGCCACAACGAUGUUUCCAGUUUCCGCGCCAAAGUGGCUAAUGCAAAGGGCGGCAAGGGAGGGAAGAAAGGCGGCAAAGGAGGAAAACAAAAUAAACGCCCGGGCAAGUCUGUGCGCAAGAAGAUGAAGUCUCGCUCGUAAAAACUGACUGAGGCUGGUCAAUAGGCUGGACUUGGACAUUGUUUCUAGGCAGAGUUUCCCUCACCUGCUCCCCAGUCUCUCCCCCAUAUACACCAGGAGACAUUUAGGAGAACAUGGGCUUUUCUUCUGCUCUUUUUGUACAACAUGCCUUCCGUUGAUUGAUAUGGAGGACGCUUCAAGCCUCAUAGAGAGUGGGACGUCCUGCCCUAUUGCUAAGGAAGCUUGUGUGAAGGACAUGACUGGUGAAGAAAAGGUCUCUCCUUGCAGAAAUGGUUAACCCAAAAGUGUACCACAUAGAGCUACCCACACCACAAAGUCUUUUUUUCCAAAAAGAGAAACGAUUUGAAUGUUAAGAAAAUGUCUUUUCUUCUCUGUUAGUUGAUAUAGACCAGUUUUAUUGUCUAUGGACAUAUAAUUGUCUCUCCAUAUGCGCAUUUGAUAAGGUGCUAACUACACCAGCCUCCUUGCCGUCUAAUUUUACAUUGUGUGCUCUUUGGAGUUUGGUGUAUUCUGUUUUAUUUUUUUCUAACUCCGCUCCUUGAGCUAUGGAUUGUCUACCAUGUGACAUGACAUUUUAUAAUAUUGAGCAGCUGUUAGUUUUGCCCUUUCCUAUAAUAAGAUUAGUAUGUGAUGGCCAAGUCUGCUUUGUAUAGACAUGUGCAAAUGUUGCCCCUUCAAGUGUUUUUCUUAGCUUGCUAAGAUGAAAAUGCAAAAGGGCAGUUUUGGCGAUGACACCUGUAUGUUUGUAUGAUCAACAAAUAAAUCUGGACAUAGGUUGCUCA